AUGGUCGGACGACUCCAAGGAAAGAAUGCCAUCGUCACCGGUGCUGCGGGUAAGGACUCGGAAUUUCUCGAAGCCUGCCAUGGCAUCGGCCUCGAGACCACCAUCCUCAUGCUCCGCGAAGGCGCAUCCGUUCUGAUGACAGAUAUCAGCGACACGGGCCUCACCACCGCUCUGCAAAAAGUAAACACUGCCAUCCCUCCGAAUCUUCGAACCGGAAACGUCGAAACAAAGACCGUCGACGUAUCAGACGAAUCCCAAGUCAAAGCCGCAGUGUCACACCUAAAUUCCUGGGGCGGAAUCGAUGUCAUUUUCAACAAUGCUGGAAUCAUGCAUCCCCGCGAUGCCGACUCGGUGGGGUGUCCGGAGGAUAUCUGGGAUCGAACGAUGGACAUCAAUGUUAAGGGCGUGUGGUUUGGAUCCAAGCAGGCCGUGCUCGGAUUCCGGAGACAUGGGAAGAAAGCGGGUAGCGUGAUUAACACUGCUAGUGUGGUUGGGCUGGUUGGUGCUGCGACGUCUCAGUUGGCGUAUACUGCGAGCAAGGGCGCUGUUUUGGCCAUGACCAGGGAGUUGGGUAUCGUUCACGCGCGUGAGGGAUUCCGGUUCAAUUCGCUUUGCCCUGCGCCUUUGAAUACACCCUUGCUCCAGGACUGGCUGGGUGAUGAUAAGGAGAAACGAUUCCGUCGCGAGGUGCAUUUUCCCAGUGGUCGGUUCGGUGAGGCGAUUGAGCAAGCGCAUGCUGUUGUUUUUCUGGCGAGUGAUGAGAGUAGUUUUGUCAAUGCGACUGACUUUGUUGUCGAUGGGGGCAUGACAAAGGCGUAUGUGACACCAGAGGGACCAGCCACAAAGGUACCGAAGAACUUGGCCGGGCCAUGA